UGAUAACUAAUACAAUAACAAACAGAAAGUUCAAAACAAAUGGAUUAGUGCAAAGGGAACUAUUUAGACACACAGCUACCUGUAAAGGUUUUAUUUAAUUAUCAAAUAUGACGUCAGAAAUUUAUAGCAGAAUAACACGCUUACCUUUUUAUAGGGACUUAAUUAAUAAAAUAUCAUGUUUAUAGUCAAAAAUAAAAACCCGCCAGUUGCAUCAAAAAUCAGCCCAGUGCUUUUUUUCCCGGUUCGACGUGACCAAGGGGAAGCACGGUGGCUUAGUGGGAAGGUCCUGGGUUCGGAUCCCGGGUUCGAACAGGCAGGGGCCUUACUGUGUGGAGUUGCAUGUGCGUGUUCUCCCCGUGCCUGCGUGGGUUUACUCCGGGUACUCCGGUUUCUUCCCACAGUCCAAAAACAUGUACAUUAGGUUGAUUGGUGAUUCUAAAUUGCCCAUAGGAGUGAGUGUGUGUUGUUGUCUGUCUAUAUGAGGCCCUGUGAUGGACUGGUGACCUGUCCAGGGUAUACCCCUGCCUUUCACCCAAUGAUUCAAAACUGAUUAGGAAUAAAGCGGGCAUAGAAGAUGGAUGGAUGGAUGGAUGGAUGGACGUGACCAAAGAAGCCCAAUUGGGAGCUCAAGCACUCAUCAUCGUCAUGUGCCACAUCUAACCCGGGGAGUGUGUAGGCGUCUGUCAUGGAGCAGGUGUACAGGCUGCAGCGCGAAGUGGGUCGAGGCAGCUACGGUGUGGUGUUUGAGGGUCAUGUGAUGGAGACAGGAUGGUGGGGCUGCAGAGGAGACACGGUGGCUAUCAAACGUCUGCCCUGCUGCAGCCCAGAAAGCAUUGAACUCUAUUUGCAGGAGCUUUGGGCCAUGAGAGCCACCGGGAGGAGACACCCGAACGUCAUCGCCCUCCACAACUGCCUACUGGAGACUGGCCCAAAAACGCUGCAGCCGCUCAAAUCUGAUAAGCUGCCCCUGGACCUCGUGGAGAGCGCCCUCAAAGGAAGGGUCGUAGACAAGGACUCUAAAAGCCAAGUGAGGAACACAGACAGGUCCAGGAGGAGCUCAGGGCCUGAAGGGGAGUCUACGAAACGAUGCUUGGCUCUGUGGCUGGUGAUGGAGUACUGCGAUGGAGGAGACCUGAACCAGUACAUACUGUCUAGACAGCCAGACAUGCAGAGGAAUCACGUGGUGGUUCGGCAGCUCAGCAGCGCCAUGACUUUCCUGCACGGAUUGGGGAUCGUGCACCGGGAUCUGAAACCGGCCAACGUGCUCGUCUGCAUAAACAAAACUGGUCCGGUCGUCAAGAUAGCUGACUUUGGCCUGAGCAAGAUGGUUGAAGGCCAGACGGAAGGAGAACGCAGCAGACUGGCUCUCUCAUCCACGUGCGGUUCAGACUUCUACAUGGCUCCUGAGGUGUGGGCUGGACAUAGCUACACAGCACAAGCAGACAUCUUCUCUCUAGGUGUCCUCUUCUGGGCCGUGUUGGAGAGGAUCACCUUCCUGGAGGACGGCUCCAAUGAGGAGCAGCUGGGAGCGUUUUUUGAGAAGGGCCGAUGGAUCACGCCGCUCGGAGAGGCUUUGUGUGAGAAUCCGGCUCUGCAGUUGGUCAUCCCCAUGCGAGCGCGACGUGCGCCGCCGUCACCCCCGACACCGAGCCCUGAUUUGUGCGCCCUGAUUUCGGACAUGCUGGCGUUCGACCCCGACGCUCGUCCCACCGCACUACAGCUGCAGGAGAGAGUUUACAGCGUCACAGACACUCACUGAUCUCCAGACUCCAGAUUAUUUCUUUAUUCAGACGCAGUUAUAAUCACACGGUCCACUCAGUGUCACCCAGAUGAGGAGGAGUUCUCACAAGGUUUCUUCCUCAUCAUCUCAGGGAGUUUUCUCCUCAACACCGUCAACUCGGAGUUGCUCUUUAGGAAUAAAUUUGCAUUUAAAAUGUAGAGUUUAUAUCCUGAACUUAAAUAUUAAAUUCAUAUAAAGCUGCUUUUGCGACAAUGCUCUUUGUUAAAAGUGCUAUACAAAUAAAAUUGAAUUGAAUUUAACUACUAAAUGGAACAGAACUUUACACUUGCCUCAGAAAUGAUAAUUAUGAGGAUUUUGUACUGUGGAAGUCGUACUAAUGUGAAUUUUAUUUUUGCUGUUUAUUGUCUGUUUGCUGAAUUCACAUUUUAAAAGAAAUGCUUGAAAUUUUGCACCGAAAAUCUACAAUGCACUGAAGAGAAGAAAAGUCCACACACUCCUGCUGCAGGUUUUCUGUGCCUGAUAAAUCCUGACAGAUCCUUUUCCACCAUUAGUGUGAAAUCAAUAGCAACCAACAGAAAUUCAUCAGCUGGAUUUUCCUGACUGUUCAGUUUCAUCCCGCUUUAAAAGCCCGAGUCUGCAAAGAGUUUAGAAAUCAUGUACAGCGUCUCGCUCUCAAACCGUAUCAGGAGAGGAGCAGCAAUAAAAAUCUCCAGUACAUUUGCUGUCUGAAAGCCAUCAUGAACCAGUGGAGAAAAAUGGGACUCUACAACGACGUUAUCGAGAAUCCUUCUAGUAUUGAGUGAAAGGACAAGAGGAAAAACUUAUCAGGGAAGCUGUCAAGAGAGCUAGAGCAACAUGAAAGUAGCUGCAGGAUUAUCUGUCCACUCCUGCUCUCUCCAUACAUCUGACAUGAUUCUAGUGUUCUUCAAGUGUCUGAGCUAUGGAUUGUUUUUUAAUGGGAUCUGUUCGAGUUGUCGGUGUAUUUAAGCUUUAAAUAAAAGAAAUGUACUGUGUAAAAACUGUGUUCAAUAAAAC